AAACCUUUUCUUCAAUCAUUCUUGUACUUCAUGAUCUAGAGGCAGUACUGACAGAAUGACAGGAGAGGCGCUUUCAGUCUUGCAGAACAUGCCUAGCAGUUUCAGUCCAUCAUCUCACAAUGAGGAUAGCUCGUCAUCAACCACGAGCUCGGCUUCUUCCUUGGGACAUCAUCAUCGGCCGAUGAGGCCCCAAUCGCCUCCGGCUUCGCCCAGUUACCACGAGCUCAUGACCGUACCUAACGCAUACGAACGCACCCUGCCUCCGUCGUACAACUACCAGCAAACAGCAUCGGUCGUACCGUGGAUGACGUGCGCCUCGACACCCGAUCUUCGUCGCUCUGUUGACAUGGGAUUGCCCGGGUCUGAUCUAAGCAUGUAUGGUAGUAGGGAUGGAUUCAGCAACUUUCUAAACAUCUCCUCGGAGUCUCUGGGUUCCUUCAAACUUGGAAGCAAUGGAGAGCUCUUACUGGAUAGAGACUCCCUAAAGGGUGGCAGCAUGAUCAGCAAUCAGGGAUCAAUCGACAGUGGUUUUGGGUCGAUGUUCCUGAGCAGUUUGGUAAAUGAUCAGCAUCAGUUAGGAUCCCUGAAAGAGCUGAGCCAUACGGAGGUUGCGGAUACCCUGCUGUCUCUGAAACAUUCGAGAAUGAAGAUCAACCAGUUCGGACCAUCGGCUGCUUCUGCGCCAGCCAAUCCUGUUGUCGAUCAGCCGUACCGAACCAAGGAACUGACAUGGAGUACUGGGUCGGUGCCAGCCAGUAUCGCUCCAUCAGAUCCAUACGGUCCUGUUCGAAGUCGUCGCUACCACAGUCUGGACUGCGAUCACGAGCACGAUGAGGAAGGCUCUCUAUCAAGUCUACAACAUUUCCCAAGCAUUUCUUCGCUGGAUUCCGGCUCAUAUCUUGGUAACUACUGGUUGAGAGAUCCCCAUGGUGGCAGUUCACAGUCAUCUUCUCGUCAUCUUCUUGCUUCGAGUGGAGACUUAAUCGCAAAGGCACUCUCAAGCUCAUCCUUAGGAUUGGUGGAUGGGUAUGAAACUGGUCGUUUACCAGAGACGGCAUACUGGACCCUCUCUCAGUCAACACCCAGCGUGUUCGAGCCCACCCAAGACCGCUACAUCAGUGCAUCCAACACCAGCGAUUACCAUGCCAACAGCCCAGGCAGCAGCGCUCAGCUCUAUACCUCAUCCCGCGUGUCAACCAUCAAAUCAACCGAUCAACUCGACGCUUACGCUUCGGCACCGACUAUGUUACACUCGUCGAGAUCGUCCUCCACGUCUACGAUCGGGAGCCGGGAAGGUAUCCGACCGGGCCUCACCCUCAGCACGUCAUCCUUGACGUCAUCGAAAAUGCAGUCGAGCGCGUUGCCGACGCACCUCUGCCAUUUCUGCGAUAAAGAGUUCUCAAGGCCUGGCGCCCUUAAGACCCACACGAAGAUCCACUUUGGUCAGAAGCAGUACAUGUGUCACGUGUGUAGCAAGGCUUUCUUUCAGGCUGCAAACCUCAAAGCUCAUCUACGGGUUCAUAGCGGGGAGAAACCUUUCAGCUGCAACAUCUGUAGGAAAGGAUUUUCACAGAGCUCAUCUGUGAAGACACACAUGCGUACCCAUUCUGGUGAGCGUCCCUACACGUGUAAGCAAUGCAAUAGAUCCUUCUCUGACAACUCGACACUGACCAAGCACCAGCGGAUUCACUCGGGUCAGAAGCCCUACAUCUGUAGCUGCUGUUGCCAGUCAUUCUCGCAGUCGGGCAACCUCAGUCGACACAUGAAGAUCCACACAAAGUCGCAGGACUAGGUCCUAUCGUGUAACUAGUCCCAUGAACUAUCGGUUAUAUUACCAUACUUGCUCUUGCAACAAUUAUUGCUCUGCGUCGAUUUCUUAAAAUAAUUCUUAACUUCAACCCUAUAUAGAGCCAGCGAUAUACCUAACCAUAAUCCUAACCCUAACCCUAAACCUGACACCGAAGUACAACCCGAACC